AUGCCAGCAUCAAUUAACCUCAUUACAGAGGCAACUCCACUACUGUUGCAAGAUGCAAUUAUACCUUUUAGAACAUCCGUCUACUUAUACAGCCUUAUAGCCGCAGUGGGUGGGUUUAUCUGCGGAUUCGAUACAGGCUCCAUAUCCAGCAUCAUCUCACUGCCAAUGUUUCAAAGCAGAUUUUUUAUUAAUGGAUCUUUAGCUUACUAUGAGAGUAUUCUACUGGCAUCCUACCUGGUUACAUCCAUGUGCGGUGCCUUUUUUUCUGGUUAUUUCUGUGAUGGCAUUGGAAGAACGUACGCCAUGCUACUUGCUACUUGCUUUCUUGUGCUAGGCGGCUUAGGCACCGGUCUCAUGACGAAUGCGAUACCCUUAUAUCAAUCAGAGAUUGCACCACCAGAUAUUCGUGGCCGACUCAUCAGCAUAUUUGCACUUUUGGGAUCAUUUGGUCAGAUGGUGGGCUAUUUUGUCACGUUUGAAAGCAGCUACUAUACUUCCCAUUGGAGCUGGCGGAUGCCUUGGCUGGUGCAGCUCAUCACUUGUCUAUUGUUUGCGGUCGCUAUCUGUUUUCUGCCAUAUUCACCAAGAUGGCUUAUCGAUAAAGGAAGAGAGGCCGAGGGUCUUGCUGUGCUGUCAAAACUGCAUCAUUUGCCACAACAGCAUAAAGUGGUACAAAAAGAUUAUCUGGAGAUCAAGACAUUGAUUGAAACUGAGAAGCUGGAUGGCCAAGACCGCACUUAUGCAGAGCUGUUUCAAGGUUCCAAUUUGAAGAGAGCACUACAUGCAUUUUUCAUAUCCGUUGCUACCUGCUUCACCGGGAAUGUGGUUAUAUCGUACUAUGCCCCUCAAAUAUUCAAAAAUGCGGGUUUUAGUGAUGUUUCGAUAUCGCUGGCAUUGACAGGGGGCAUUGGGUUCCUUUCGCUUGUCUUUACUGCUCUAUCACUGCAAUGGUGGAUAGAUCUCUGGGGAAGAAAGGCACUGUUUCUUAUCGGCUCAACCAUUUCUGCUAUAUGCAUGUUUACUGUUGGAUUCAUCUUUUAUCUUUACACUUGUGUAGCUAAAGACGAUACUGUGAUUGUAGCUAAUCCAUAUGCUAGGUAUGUCAUUAUUUUAUGCAUUUACGUAUUUUCAGCUUCCUUUGCCGGUACUUGGGGAGUCGCAAACUAUGUAUAUACAGCAGAAAUAUUUAGUAUGCGUUGUCGUGCCAAAGGGCUUUCCUUGACAUAUGCUAUCAGCUGGGCUGGUAGUAUUGUGAUUACUUAUUGCACGCCCUUCUUUAUGGCUUACACCAUCUCUGGCGUCUAUCUAUUUUUUGGUGCCUGCUCUGUAUUGACACUCGUUGGUGUGGUGCUUAUACCCGAAACAAAAGGAAAAACUUUGGAAGAGAUUGAUUUUAUGUUUAACAACCAUAAAUGA